AUGUGUAGUGCCAUUCUCCAAGGUAUGAAAAUUCCUGUGAAAAAGAAAGAUAGGGGGUCGGUUACUAUUCCUUGCACUAUUGGUGAUAGAAAACUCAAGAAGGCUCUGAUUUAUUUGGGAGCUAGUGUGAGUUUGAUGUCAUUGUCCAUCUACAAAAAAUUGGGCCUUGGCACCGUUCAAGACACUAGGAUGACGUUUCAGUUUGUCGAUCGCUCAGUUAGGCGACCCUAUGGAAUCAUGGAAGAUGUUCUGGUAAAGAUAGACAAGUUUAUAUUUCUUGUUCACUUUAUCAUUCUUGAGAUGCCUGAAUAUAAGGAGAUACCUCUCAUAUUGGGUAGACCAUUUUUAGAGACAGGACAGUGUAUGAUAGACAUAGAGGAAGGAAAAAUGACUCUCAAAGUCUAUGACGAAGAAUUGAAAAUUGAUGUCGAAACACUAUGCAAUACAAAGAUGAUGUUGACACUAGCCACACCGUAG